AGCCACGGUGCGGCAGCAGUAUUUUUGAAAAUGAAGUUAAUCCUACUAUCAAUAUUAGUAUUUGCGAACAUCCAUUACAUCAGAGGAAAUGGCAUCAGAAUACCCUUAUCGAUAUACGACGAAGCGUCACAUAAAUACAGUGACGGAACUUAUAUGGACCAUCAAGGGUUGUAUGGAACCAUUUCAAUUGGAACUCCGCCACAGAAAAUCAACGUAUUACUCAGUAGAACUUACACUUCCAUUUAUGUGCUCUCAAGUUAUUGCAGCAGUUCUGCAGUUUGCCAAAAUCACAAUACAUAUAACCACAAAAUCUCGACAACUUUCCGAGGUGGAGAUGACUUCGACACAAAAAUUCGGCAAGAUAUUAAUCAUUAUGGAGUUGAAGCAACUGAUACAAUUACAAUAGGUAAUUUCCAAAUACAAGAUGUAUCGGUUUUGGUAAUUACAAGCGGAGAGGAUUACGACAAUAAACCAUACGAUAGUACUGUGGGAUUGCUUCCUGGAAGCGAAUUUUUAAAAUCCUGCGAAAAACUUGGAUUGAAGAAGAAAUUUUCAUUCUACACCAAUUCUCCUUGGGACAAUAAUACCUCUGAAUUGAUGUUAUGCGGCGAAGACAAGACAAAGUUUAGGGGUAACAUGCAAUACCUUACUGUAGGUGCAACUGGAUAUAAAGGAUGGGUCGUUACAAAACUGAGAAUUAUGUUGCAUCAUAACCAUGAAAAAAUGCCAAAAAUGGAAUCCCAAGAUGCGAUACAAGAUGUCAGAUUAUUAUUUUUCGAUUUUGCCUCGUCAUACAUUAUUGGACCGUAUGAUGACAUUGAGAGAAUCUACCGUAAGUUAAACACCAGAAGAUCAAAAAUCCGUGAUGACUUACAGGAGGUUGACUGCAAUAACAUUCACGCAUUACCGAGUAUCACGUUUGGAACUGCUGAUAGUAAUUUCACUCUUACAGGAAAUGAUUACAUCAAACAGAUGACGCAAAAUGAUGAACGGGUCUGCAUAGUUCGACUGCUAUCACACUCACAGAAUUUUUGGACUAUAGGAAGCGUUUUUUUCAGAAAGUAUUACACUGUAUUUGAUGCUGAGCAGAACAGAAUUGGAUUCGCCGAAAGCGUUCAUCCGCCUGCUAAGAUAAUGGUCUUCCUUUUCUAAUGGGAUGAUGAAAAUAACGUUUCAAGUACCUACUUACUCUUUAAUUUCUAUUUUAAGAUUGAAAUAAUAAUAAUCAAUAUUUCUGACCGCUAAAGAAUAACACGCAAGAGUUUCUGUUACCUACAAAUGGCCAAAAUUUUACAUUCACUCCCCCCUUGUGUAUUGCUUCACUAAAAAUUUGAGAGAUGCGUACCUAAGUUGCAGAUAGUAUGUUACCAAUAAUUGAAAAUUCAAAUAAAUUCCAUUGGCAUAUUUUGGUCAGCUAAUAGGAAUAGGGAGGUAUUUCAACUUUUAAUGAUUUCUUUAAAAUGAAAUGCAGCUAUAGUGUAACGUUCAUGAUGUACCUAGUAAUUCCGCAACUACCACUAUCAUUCUGUUUAUAGAUAGGUAUUAGAAAGUAUUCGAUUUAAUAACCAUUUUUGAAUUUCGAAUUUUUGAUAUUCAUAGCACCCUUUGUCGAGAUUUCAUUCGUGAUUUGAAUCAUACAUAUGAUGAGUCACGACUCACGAAUCAGGUUUACGAAUCUAAUUUAGCUCCUGGUUCUCUCCAUUAGACAGCAUUAGGUACUUUUAAUUUUUGCAUUUGCAAAAUUUUACCAUAAUUUUGAAACAUUUUAUAGGUAAUUUUUGCGGAAAUGUUUCAAUCUUUCAAGCAGUAGUUGAAAAGUUGAACUUGUUUUUUUUUGUUUUACCAAAAUGUCAUCAAUUUGAGCAAGAUUCUUUUGCGACAAAUAAAACAAUUUCACAGUUUUCGUCAUAUUUUGUGCAAUUUUUACAAAGUUUUAUACCUUGUUGAGAAUAUAGGUAAUUGAUUCAUUUUUAGUAUUGUUCAAUAAUCUGUGCAAUAUUCGCAAUAUUUCGCUGAAUUCCGAAGUACAUAUUUCAUUCUGUUUCGUAAGUGGUAUUUUUUGAGUUUAGUUUUCAUUGAUCUUAAUAAGUUGUAAAGUCGUUUCACGCAACUUUAUUUCAACUUCAUUUAAUUUUUAUUGAAAUCUCAUCAUUUUUUUGUAAGUUCAAAUACCUACCUAUUCGCAAAGCAACUUCUUAAAACUUGAUGUUUAUCAUCUUUUGUAAACAUACCACGAAGGAGCACGAAAUGAAUUCAUAUUUUCGAAAACCAAAAAACAUUCGAAAAAUUGAGUGCUUCAAAUCGCAUUUUUCAUAAUUCGGUCAUUUGUUUUUCUAGUACUAGUUAUACGUU